GCAAGUCUUCCAAGAAUCUUAACCCAAAUACUGUUUGAACGAAACUUUAUUUUUGAAAAGAAAUGUCACAAAAAAUAGACAUUGUACUGUUAGGACGUCCCACUGGAGACACUGCAAACAAUCCCUUAGAAAUUCUAAUUGCAUUGGUCAUUUCCCUGUAUAUGGGCCGUUUGGCUGCAUGGGCCAUUUGGGUCACACCUUUACAAAUACAGAUGCAGCUGAUUGCACAUACAGUCACAAAUAUAAAUACAUCAGGAUCAGAUAUCUGAAAGGACUACAACUGCAAUUGUUGUAUCUGUAAUGCUUUGAGUUAAAAUCUAAAGACAAAAGCUGUGGUUUUGUACGUUGGUUUCAAGCAUGUUCAAACUGGUUUAAACUAAAAGAACUGUGUUCUCAGGAUAAUAAUACUUUUGUUUCAUAAAUGUUGUAAAUUCAGUUUUAUCUUCUGUAUUUUUCUUGCCAACAGAUAUCACAGUGUGGUUUGGUAAUUAUUACACUUUACACUUUUUUGGGGAAAAACAACAACAACAACAACAACAAAAAACAGCAAACUGCCUUUGGCCUAAUACACUUUUUUUCUUUUUUUUUAAUAUAAAUAAUAAUAAAAAUAAAGUUUUAGGAUAAAUAAAUAAAUAAAACCAACAAACAUUCUGGGUGAGGAAUGAAGAGUGAAUAUAUUUUUGGUAUUCAUUCUGUAUAUGAAUAAUGUAAUAUGAGAUUUGUGAGGAUGUAUUGGCAAGUUUCUAAAUAUGCAAAUUCAGAAAACACUGUAAUAUUUCCAAAGUCUUUUUUUUCUCUCUGUCUUUUUGAAAAUUGGAAUUUGCCUGUCAAAUUUUUUCCCCCUCAGACCAUCUGCAGACUCGCCGCUAGAGGCGCUGACGAGACGGAACCCAUUUGAGAAGUGAAGAUGGAAAAAAAAAAAAAAAAAAAAGGAAACAGCACAGCAUACAUAAAAGUCCUUUGAUUUGAGGUUCACUUCAUAAUUUGUCAUGGUUUUUGGAGCAGAAAAAACGCGCUGUGGAUAUAAUCUUCAUUUUUUGUUAAUCUAGAUAUGUAUAUACUUUCCACAACAUGUUUGUAAAACAUUAUUGCAACAAAACAUACUAAAAUUGCUAAUUACUAAAAAAAAAAUACUGUAGUUAAAAUUUAGGCAACAAACAGUGAAACAAGUAACUUGUGAGUCUAACAGAAGAGUUUUCUUCAUCCAAGCAGAUGAAAAAGUAGUUUGGUCAUAAAUGUAAAAAAACAACAACAACCAAAAAAAAAAAACACCUUGCUCUGCAUGCGCAAAUUUGCUAUUACAUGGAAGCAUACAGUUGAGUUAUUUUGCUCAUCUAACCCAAAAGAUGGGCCAGCUGACGUGAUGCCAUCCACAUAAAGGCAUUGUGUGAAAUUAAUGCAUUUGCAAAUUGAGAACCUGCCCUUGCAUGAUGGCGGAUGAAUGUGUCCGUGGGGCAGACCGCAACAUUAAUAUACCUCACCAACAGUGAAGCAUCGGCCGCCAGUGGCGUGGACAUAUCAGGAAGAGAACAGACAAAUUCACUGAAAUCAAAUUUGAGAGUUCUGUUUCUAGAAGAGAAAAAAAGUGCCCCGGAAAGACCCGCUCGUUUCGUCAUUUUGAGAUCCGAAGGGGAGGAUUUCUUCAUUCCCAGAAAAUUUCUCCGCAUGACCCGCAUCAUUUUGGGAGGUAACAAAGUGGAGCACCCGCGUCUUUCCUCAUUCACAAAUGAUACAAUGUAACGGGCGCUUUGGUCUCAAUCAUCCGGAGCUCAUGUUUGUGUGCGCGAUCGUACUCUUGUUUGGCUGAAUUCAAGAAAAGCAGACAAGGAAGGAGAGGAAGUAGAAGCGAGCAGUUGACUCCUUGAGCUCUGCACCACAAGUUUCCUUCACUCUUGCUGAGCAGACCUGGAGUCAUGAGUUGUCAGGAGGUGCCGAACCCCAGCCAGGAGCCGAAGGACACGGCUGUGGUCCCCACAGAGGCCGGAGCCACACAGGCAGUACCGACAACGUCCCCGAAACUUCCCUCAGUGAACGUAAAGACCGAGGUGGCGUCUCCCGUGGAGUCUGUGGCCAGUAACGGCAAAGCGAGUGACGGCAACAUACCUGCUGAGAUCUGUGUGGUUUUGGGAAGCUCUCGUAACUCUCAAACACAAGGCUCUUACAUUUGUGGAGUAUGUGGCAAAAAGUACAAGUACUACAACUGCUUUCAGACGCACGUCCGAGCUCACACAGAGACUGAGGCUGCUGCUUCUGGAGAAGGAGCAUCUCUGGGAAUCAAUAGUUCUUUCCGCUAUACAUGUGACGUAUGUGGGAAAAAAUACAAGUACUACAGCUGUUUUCAGGAGCACCGAGACCUCCAUGCAGUUGAUGAUCCAUAUGAUCAUGUGAUACCAGUAGAAGACCUUAAAGAGGAGACUGAAUCCUACCAGAAAAUGGGACCAAAAACGGGAAGUUACACGUGUGAGUAUUGUGGGAAACAGUACAAAUACUUCAACCCCUAUCAGGAACAUGUGGCUCUUCACGCUCCAAUGAAGGGAAAUUAUGGCCUUAAAAUGGAAGGGAAAAUGUCUAGCCAGUCAGGCCAGUCCAGUCGUGCCGACAUCAACAAUUCCCAGAAUUCGAGUGAUACUCCAAACAGCCGGACCUUUUCUUCCCGUCCCAGCCCUCAGAAAACCUACACGUGUGGAGCCUGUGGAAUUCAGUUCCAGUUCUACAACAACCUCCUGGAGCACAUGCAGUCCCAUGCUGCUGAUAAUGAGAACCAUGUUAAAGAUGAGUCUCCGAAGCCUUGCCAAGCGCCUGUGGCCACACAGGAGCAGAUGUGGAAAUCUCCUCAGCCGGCACAACAGAGGAACCACAUACCGUCUUUUCAGAACAGAUUACUUCCAGAAAAGGAGAGACAACAAGUGGCUGAACGUUUACUGAGAGUAAUGUGCGUAGACCUUGGCCUUCUUGGCGUCCUCAGCAGCAAAGACUUCCUGAAGCUUGCGCAGACCCUGGUGGACACAGGUUCACGUAAUGGGGCCUACUCCAUUCGUGAAGCCCUGGGAGAUAUGAGCUCACUGGCAUUAAAACAGCUCCCCCGUAUGUACAAUCAGGUCAAAGUGAAAGUCACCUGCGCCCUGGGUUCCAACUCAUCCUUGGGCAUUGCAGUGACCUGCCAUUCCCAGACUAUAGGACCAGACUCCUGCUAUUUGCUGACAGCAUAUCAAGUAGAGGGUGUGCGACUCCGGCGCUACGUCCUGGGACUCAAAGAGGCCUCGUUAAGGGAGAGUCCUGAGCAGAUACACCACUGGGUCCAGAACGUUCUGUCGGAGUUUGUCAUGUCAGAAAUCCGCACAGUCUAUGUGACAGAGCCACGCUUGUCUUCGGUAGCCUUUUGCGGUCGCACUGGAAUUGGCCUUCGUUGCGCAGGUUGCUCUCUAACAGCCACGGUUCAGGCCGUUCUUGGUCGCCGCAGCCUGCAAGCACGAGGGCUCCAUGAACUAGGAGAGCUUCUGGCUACAUGUCGCGACAUUGCUGGAACGACCAGCUUCAGUCAAGAAGGGAAAGCUGCAGAAGAGCCUGCCGCUCCGCCCUGCUGGGAUGCAGUUGCAGAGGCCUUGCUCAAGGUACACGAGAACUUCGAGGCCACCUGUGAAGCGUACGGCCGUUCGAAGAGCACCGUACCGCUCUUGCAAGGCCUGAACAAGCACCUGCUUGGUACGCUUGCAUGUUUGCUUGCGCCACUAAGACAGGCAGCACAGGAGCUGAGUGUGGAACGCUGCCCCACACUCCAACACGUCCUUCCCGUCUACCUCCGUCUCGAAAAACUUUUCACCUCCAAAGCCGGUGAAGCGGGUGCUGGCAGUAAGCUCUGCCACUACUUCCUGGAAGCCCUGAAGGAGAACUUCAAAGUGGAACGUGUCCAUCAAGUCGCAAUGAUCCUGGAUCCACAGCUGAAGCUGCGGCCAGUCCCUGCGUACCAGCAUGAGGACAUUAUCUCAAGGGUGUGUGACAUGGCUGCUAAUAUGAGGGAAUCAGGAAGCGGUGGUUCUGGGGGUAUGUCUGUGGACGAGCGGGAUAGUGAAGGUCCGUCAGCACCAAAGCGUGGCCGUCUGGACUGUGGAUUGGAAAGGCCAUCGUGCGAUGCUGAAGAGCCACAGGUACGAAAAGAGUUGUUCCAGUACCUCGGCGAACCACUCUUCAAUGGCACAGGUGACCUGUUGCAGUACUGGAGUUCGGUCAUGGACAGAUACCCCAGGCUAUCGCGGUUAGCGCUGUGGUUGCUGGCUGUACCGGCUGUAGCUGUGCAUGGAGAGUGCGUGAACAUCUGCGAGCAGACCUUAGCCAUGAAGAGAAAGCAGCAGGUCACUGCGGAGGAGAUGAACAAGCUGGUCUUCCUCAAGAGUAAUUUUGCUUGAGAUGGCUCAGGGCUUUCAGCUAAUGGCACCAUAGACUGUUUGAAAUGGAGACUUUUUGAACCAGAUGUACCGGUCACUUCUCUAACCCUUCCAAAAAUCCUGUUUUACCGUAAGUGUCUAUCAAUGAGGCACAUGAUAGUAAUUUACCAAGGAAAGGUACAUUGACAACUAAUUCACAAACACCCCGUCAGACCAUACAGUAGCUUGGCAUUGGCAGUGGCAACAGAAGCAACGUGAUGGAAAUACAGUCUGCGCGAGGACACGGACGUGAACUUGUGUUUUCGAUGUUUCGGUUAAACUAUUGCUUAAAAUUGUGAUGUGUUUUUAUCAGUAUGUGGUUCAUCCAUCUCUCAUUUCUUUCUGUGGAAUCCAUCUGAAAUUUAGUCAAUGGAUUAUUGAAAUCAUACACAACAUACUUUCCAUCUAGAGAAGGAAAAAACGGGAUACUUAGAAAAAGCCAUUUCUUUGCAAUUACGCCUUUAUGAAACCACAAACACUCUUUGCUGUGACAUCCGAACGAUACCUCUCUUUAGCAGUUUAUCAGAGGGCAGAUCAAGCUUGUAGAGGUGUAAGUCAGGCCCUGAAUCAGUAAUCUCAGUUAACCGGUUUGAGUGUGUUAAGCUCUUGUUCAGCCUCAGGAGUUUAAGGCCAGCAGAACUCAAAUUUAUACUUGGGUCACAUAGAUAAAUGAUUUUGCAAUUAUUUAUUUUUAUUUUUAUUUUUUUUUGUCAGUUCUCACAAUAAUGUUGCAAUAAAUGUUCCGUAGCAGAAGUUAUACUGUCAAGCUGACUUUGAUGCCUUGCACCUUUGUAGCAGCCUUUUUUUCCAUUACAGCUCACUGGGAUUGUUUCCUUCUACAAUACAAUCUGCAAUACCUGAAACAGCCACUUAAACCCCAUGAUUGGAUCCCCAAUAAAAUUGGGUUAUGGAAGUAUAUAGGAAUGAUCUGAUGUUCCAGUCCAGUGGAUCUGAUUUUUUUUUAAACAUUUUUUAAUUCAGAUCUUGUUUCUGAAAAAGUGGGAAUAGGGCUAUGAAAUACAGAAACUGUCUGUCUCUCACUGUCUCGGUACAAACCUCCUUGAACAGAGGCAGCUAACUGCAUUAUUGUUUGAAUGCAUUUUAAGAGGAUAAAGCUAAACUAAUAUUUCAUUAUUUAUGCACUGGAUUUCUCUUAUCAUUAUUUUCCUCAUUUAUCUACAGCAGGUAAUUAGAUUAGUGAUAACAAUUAACUAGAAAAAAAUCAUUGCCUAGAUUAGGACCAAAGUAUAUUUUAAAAGUAGUUUCUCAUUGUGAAUAAUUGCCAUUUCCGGAAAGAUUUGUAGUUUUAUCUCAUAAUACUCAUGCUUCCUCAUAACGGUUCCGCCCUCAUAAAUUUCCACUGCCUUUGAACAACUGUUCAUUUCAAAAUUGUUCUAGUCAACAAACAGAAGUAACAAUUUUCACUUCCAUAAUAAAAUAAAUGAUCUUCAAGAGUAUUUUGCAGUAGUUUUUCCAAGGAAAGAUGUGAUUUAGUAUUAUAUAGUUUGUCUUGUAAUGCCUUGAACAUCUUUGUGUGAUUAUACAGAUAUGCAUGCAGACAAUAUAAGAGUUUUUUUUUUUUUUUUUUAAAUCUUUAAUAAAGUGGCAGAGAUCUACAAACGCAUAGUCGAUGUUCACACAACAGCAGAAAUACUGUUGUCAAUCCUAUUUUGAGUGCUAAAUAAGGUUUUGUUCAUGUGCAGAUCUCCUGAUAAAAGAAUGACAACAGCAUUCUGUAACAAUAGUGAUUGACUUAAGUCAAAACCAAAUUUUGAGGGUUCAGUUAAUAUGCUAUAGGAAUAAAAUGGCAGUGAAGUAGUCUAUCACAUCAUUGAAAUGGGUAAGCAUGAGGUGUGCGCUUUGGGCUGUCGACCUCUCUCAGGUUAUGUAAAAUGAUGGUAUCGUGUAGUGAAAGAGAGAGUGACACAAAACCCUCACAUAUUUAGGAAAUAGGCUUACAAGGUGGAAAAACAGUAGAGAACAGUUUUUGACCACAUAUAUGAACAGUUCCUAAUAAAUUUGAAAUCCUUAAAGUCUUUUAUAGUCUAUUGACUAUCAUCAUCUGUUCCUAUGGUUACAGGCAUUAUUUGCUCUACUAAGGGGACUGACUUUGGUUACCUGUAUAGACAUUGUAGGCACUCCUAUGCUGUUGUAGGUGCAAGACAAUUUGAGAAUCACAGCUGCUGGUAAAUACGGUUGUUAAUCCCAAACACUGACGUACACACCACAUAAUUUUUGUUUUGCUAUGAUAAAACUAUAGCGAACAAUCGUUUAGAUGUUUCACAGCUGUGAACAACAGUUUAACCUAUUUGGUGUCCGUUAUGUUUGACCAAAGAUUAGCGACCAAAGACUCAUUGUGUCGUGCAAUUUUACCUAAACCACCUUUGACAGAGGCGCUUGGUGUACUCUUGUGAAGCUGCUCGCUUUUCAACAGCACGCUCUUUGCAGUGUUGCCUUUUCUGCUUAUUAUAUCCUCCUUUGUGCUUUUGAACUUCCCAGUAAGGUCACUAAAAACAUGAACAACAAACAGUAUUUGUUUUUGUUUCAUUUUUUAAUGUGAGAGACUUGUUAAAGUGAGUCAUCAACAAGCAGUUUCGUUCACUUCCUUUUGGACUUACUUUUUGAAUUCAGUGUUAAUGUUGUUGUCACUACCUGAAAAUGUUUACGAAUUAAGUCGGUUGUAGAGUGGAUUAAUGCCUCGUUCCAGAUGAAUUCAAAGGCGGGAAACUGAAAUUUCCCGCUUCCAACCUCAAUGCUUUCAGGUCAAUCGCACUGUCACAUGUAAUGUAGCCUUAUACCACAAGAUGGCGCCAUGACUCAACGUGAGCAUUUCAUGUUCCCACAUCAAUUAUGAACAAAAGCAAAGAACACCUAAUGCUUGGGUUAGCUAUAAAAACAAACCAGAAGUAAAAAAAAAAAAUAUAUGUUAUACAUUUGUGUAAUAUAGGCUACAUCUUUUUAUGUAUGAAUGUGGUUGUAAACAUGUUGCCCUCUGCUUGUAAGUCACCGCCAUCUUUCAACUUUUUUUUUUUUAAGAUUGUGGUUGAAUACUAAUGCCCAACUUUAAACGCCAUUCCAGUCAUUGUAUUCCCAAGUAAGAGGUGGGAAAGAGUUCAGAUAUUUCUGAACGCAAAUAAGCACCCAGUAGAGGAGUAACAACCGUAUUUAGCUCCAGCGUGUAUGUGGCCAUUGUGUGAACGCAGCCAUUCGCCUGAAUUGCUUAAGAGCUUAGUUCAUACAAAAUUUAUCUGCUGAAAAGAAGAGGAGCAGGGAUGCAUGUUGUUUGGACUUGGUAUCUCCCAUACCCCAAAAUACAGAUGAUGAUACUGGCUAGCAUGUGCAGAAAUGUUCAUAUGUAAAAAAAAAAAUAUUUUGAUAAACCUGGCCCAGAAACAGCUGCUGUUGAAUAUUGUAGUCUUUGUGUAACCACAAGAGGGCAGAAGUGUCUCAGAAAUCUGUCUUUGCAAAGAGUCUCAAAACAUCUUACCUCUGUUUUCUAUUCAAGCAUUUCAGCUAUUUUGAUAAACUCAGUCUAUGAAUAUGUCAGACUUCAUGAAGGUUUUUUUUUUCUUUCUUUUUUUUUUUUCUCCUUUUCCCUGGACGAAUGUGUACAUUUUUGGGGAAACAUGAAAGCUGGUCAAAUGUAAAAUGCUCUUCAGCAGCAGGCAAGUUUUUGACAAAUGCUAAUCUCUGAAAGUAUAAAACACUGUUUUAAUCACAACUAUUUAUGGAUGUACAACAAUUAGUAAUAUCGUUCAUUCUGUUUGUUUGAGAGGGUCCCCCCCAUUAUAGUCCAGCCUACAUUUGUCUUUGACAGGCAUUUUUCUGAUUUUGUGUAUUAAGUUGUUUCAGCUGUAGGUCUAAUUUAUACUUUUUUAACAACACUAUUUUUCUAAACAUGACUGAUAGAGUUUUUCUCUCCUUAUCGACUGUCAGUAGUACACUGCGCUGUUCUAAGAAUCUAUCUACUCCUGUAGUAUGUGCUGUGUGAAUAAAAUAUCCUCAAACAAGCAAAAAAAAAAGGUUUAUUUAUUUUGGAUAAUCACUCUUUAUAUUGCACUGCUCAUGUUAC